AUGGCUCAGAUGAAAAAUACAUCUGGAAUAUAUAUUCUGCCAUUUCUAGUUUAUAAGGGUGUUAAUAUAAUUGAAGGUUUAUUAAAUAGUGCAUCAGUUCUAUCUGGUACUGUUGCUGCAUUUACUGAUACUGGUUAUAUGCAUAAAGAUAUUUUUGAAAUGUAUAUAGAGCAUUUUAAUAAUUCAAUUCUCCCUACUAGACCUGUCUUGCUUAUGCUUGAUGGAGCUACUAGUCAUAUUGACUUAACUAAAACUCCUUUUAAAAAACUUAAGACCAAAUAUAAUAAAGCAUUAAAUCAUUAUUGUUCUAAUAACAAAUAUAAAAUAGUUACAAAAUACUUGUUUGCACAAGUUUUUG